AUGGAGUUGUUCAAUCCUGAGGCACUCCAACAUACACGGCAACAUCAACAACAACAACAACAACUACAACAACAACAACAGAUCAUUGAUGAUGACUUUAACAUCAGCGAACAAAAGGAGUUCAUCUCCACAUUAUCAAAGAUCAUCACAACAACUACAAACAAUCAACCAGAUAGUGACAUCGUGAUAAACACGAAUAACAACGAGGACAACAUCAACAACAACGAUAACAAUGACGAUCGCAAUCACACAAGUAGCAGUAGUAGUAGCAGAGCAAAGGUGAAAGGAAAGAAGGAGAGGAAAAAGAAACGAAUGUCAAGUCCUCCGUUAUCAACAACAACAACAACAACAACAACGACAACGACAACAUCUACGGCCUCAUUGGACUCAAACAAAGCUACACGACAUGCCAACACAAUGAUGGCCUCCACCUACCCAGUUACCUCGAGUACCAAGGAGCAACAACAACAACAACAACAACAACAACAUCACAAUCACCCUCAUUUGCAUCAAAUCAAUGAGCACAUCAGUCAUAUUGUUGAUACAAUACACGAUACUGGUGAUAUGGUCGUCAACGAGCUAAAGAAAAAGAUAUUCUCAGCCAAGAAGAGACGCGAAAAAGAGGAACAGGAUCCACUCAAAGAAUCAUUCUCGAUAGAUAUAGGAAUGAUGUGGCUCCUCAAGAGUAUCAGUAGGACAACUAUACAGGAACAUGUUUGUGAGCGCAUUGGUAGACUGCCGCACACUGACUUCCAACUUUUCCUGCCCCAAAUAGUUCAUAUAUGUGUAGUAUACAAGCAGGAGCCAAUCAUAGUGAUGCUUCUAGAGAAAUGUAGACAGUCUUUAAUCAUUGCUGUGCAGACUUUCUUUCUACUGAACUCAAUAACGUGCGAUAGACAUCCUGGCACCUUUGAUAAUGCAAGGGAGGUUUGGAAACGUUGUGAGAUGGCGUCGAUUGGUUACUUUGACCUGUCCAAGCUUGACAGAGCACCUUGUAGGAGGAAGCAGGCUGAGGAUAUGGCCGUGUCUGACAAGUCCUAUUUGUUCAUUGAUGAGGACAAGGUACAUCAAUAUCUGACCCGUCCCAAACACUUCCCAUGCAAUCGAAUGCUGAUCCUUUUGGAUCAGAUGCCAAUCAAGACAAUUCAAAUAUUGAGCAGCAGCAGCAGCAACAACAACAACAACAAGAGAUUCAAACAUCACGCUCCAAACAUUUGA